AUGCUGGUGUUACUGGUUAUGUUACUCAUCGAAGAAAUCAAUGUGGGGACAGGUUUCAUCACUGCCAUGAACUAUUACGCCAAAGAAGUCCUGAUACCGAUCAGUGUUGUACGAGGCGUAGGAUCAUCCAUUGCCAUUGUAGUUGUUGUGCAGAAUUCUCUCAACAGGGAGCAAUACCAGCAAGCUCAGGACACAGUAGAAUGUUACGCUGCAUAUCACGAUUACCCCUUCCACUAUGUGAUCGUAGAAGACAAUAGCACUCUCUCCAUUUUGUGUCCUCAGAAGGACUUUAUGUUUCAACGGCAUUGCGUAGUUGCUCACUUGAUGAGCUCAUGGCAAGAGGAGUGGAUGCUUUUUCUCGAUGCGGAUAUGGCUGUUAUUAAUCCGAAUCAUCUAAUAGAAGAAUACAUCCCUGAUGAUACCAAUAUUCAUCUAGUAUUCUAUAAUAGGAUAUUCAAUCACGAAGUUAUGGCAGGGUCUUAUCUUGUUCGAAAUUCUGAGACGUCCUACAAUUUCUUGAUUCACUGGAGUGAUUAUGAAUUUAAACUGCCAAAUAGUUUCCAUGGAUCAGAUAAUGGAGCUAUUCAUAGCGUAAUCGUUUCUUUUGAACUACCUGAAUUAAAGAGUGCUCGCGGAAGAUGUGAAGAAUUCUGGGCAAGGUCAAGGGACUAUACUACAUUGUCUGUUUAUGAAGUGUGCAUACAACUAAUCUUAACAUCAAAUCACUUGGAACAUAUUUUGAUACUAAACAAGAGUUUCCAUUCUUGGGCUCGGGAUGGAUGGCUUACUAAUUCUGCAUGGAGCAAAAAUGACUUUAUAUUACAUGGGUGGCAGAAAAGGAGAAAAGAUUGCUUGCAGUUUGCAAGGUGGCACUCUCCGCUGGUCGAUCGAAUGUGGAACAAAACACUCUGCACAUCUUCUGAUGCAUACCUCAACUGGAGGUACAAGGACAGCUUUAUUGAAUCCAAAGAAGCGAUACAACAAAGAUUGAAUGUAACAAUAGAAGAAGUUCAUCGAGACUUCCAGUCGAUCAUAACGGCUUUAUAA